GUGCCUAAAGUAUUAUAUGAAUUUUGUCAAUUAAACACCAAACCAUGACUCGAGAAAUAUGGAAUCCUCCACUGGUCUGAUCCACCACUACAGCCAUAUAACAAUUCAGCAUCGCCUUUUCUAUAAUUGCCUAGAAUCUCCCACGAGGGCAAAAAGGAUACAUUAAGUCGUCAUGAAACAUAUGCGAGAAAGUCCGAGAUGAAUCUGCUUUGGGUACUCAAUGCAACCUUUCGCUUCCCAAGAACCUCUCUCCAAAACCGCAAUAUUACAAAAACAUCAAAAAUCAAACUCCCAGUUCAUAGAAGAGCAAUGGGCACGAUAGCGGCGGCCACCAAGCUUGAGAAAGCAAAGAUGUUCCUGAAUGAGGCGGCACCGGCCGUGACCGCGGCGGUUGGGCUGCUCGUCGUGACCGUGGUGUUGCUGUCGCCAGCCGCGGCGCCAGAUCCCAUGUCCAGACCAGAGCCGGUGUCGGAGCCAGCGCCAGAUGAGCCAGCACCGGAACCUGAGCCGGAGCCAGAUCCAGAUCCAGAUCCUUGGCCGCUGCCGGAUCCAGUACCACUACCGGAGCCUGAACCGGAGCCAGAUCCAGAUCCAGAACCGCUACCGCUACCGCUUCCAGAGCCGGCACCUUGGUCGGCACCUGAGCCAGAGCCAGUUCCGCUGCCGCUGCCGCUACCACUGCCGCUGGUGGUAGCGGCAGCACCGCCCGGAGCCACUGUCGGGAUGCCAGCAGCGGCACCGG